AUGAUCGGCGACUUCGAGUACCUGCAGCAGCGCGUGGCGCUGCGCGUGGACGUGAUGCGGCGCCACGUGGCGGGCGUGGCCGAGGUGGUGCUGGCGCCCCGCGCGCCCGAGCUGCGCGUCCUGCGGCUGCACGCGCGGCAGCUGCGCGUGUGCUCGGUGCGCAUCGAGGGCGUGGAGGCGGCGUUCGAGCAACUUAACUUUCUGGGCGACGUGGUGGACGAGAACUACCGCGACCUGGCGACGUUCGACCUGUUCUACCGCGGCGCCAUCACGGAAGUUGGGACGCAGCAUGGACAAAAGUUGGUACUGGACGCCUGGGACCUGGAGCGGCUGCCCAAGAGCUCCACGGGCUUCAAGCCCGUGGUCGUGCGGAUCGAGUACGACAUUGAAGAGCCUUCGGGCGGCCUCCGCUUCGUGCUGCCCGACGAGCAGUACCAGCCCAAGCGCUCGCCGCACAUGUACACUUAUUGCGGACCUUUCGGCGGCCUCUGCGACGGCGCGCGCUCCUGGAUGCCCUGUCGGGACACGCUGCGCGACGCGUGCACGUUCCGCAUCGAGCUUACGGUGCCCGACUGGUGCGUGGCCGUGUGCAGCGGCCAAAUGGUGCAGCAGGUGCUCAACCCGGAGCCCGACGCCGACGGCAUGCAGUGGCGCACCUUUAGGUACGUGGUGAACCCCAAGACCAACUGCUCGUCCAUCGGCUUCGCCGUGGGACCUUUCAGACUUUAUGUGCCGCCCGAGAUGCCCCGGAUGACGCACUUCGCGCUGCCCGAGUGCUUCGAGGACCUCGUGCACUGCACGUCCAAGCUGGCGUCGGCGAUGACGUACUUCGAGCGCGCCCUGGGGGCGUCGUACCCGUUCAAGACGUACCAGCAGGUGUUCGUGGAGGAUUUACCGGAUCAACUGCAGUACAUCGCGGGAGGAGCUAUUAUGGACCAGAAUCUGCUGCACGGACCGAGGAUUAUCGACCGCGAGCUGCCGUCGCACUUGGCGCAGGUGAAGGGACUCGUGGGCAGCUGGAUUGGAGGCGCUGUGGGGAUCCAGAGCACGAAGGACGCGUGGGUGCUGAUUGGAGUCAUUGGACACUUGGUGAACACGUACGCGCGGUCGAUCUACGGCGAGGAAGAGUAUGGAUACCGUAUCCAGUUGGCGAUGGAUGCGUUGACGACGAUGGAACUCACGACGGACCAGCAGUCGCCGGCAUUGCUGUCUUCGGAGGUGGAUGUUUACUCGGAAUACGACCCGUUGUCGCUCACGCUGCUGGAAGUGAAGGCGCCGCUCGUGCUGCACAUGAUCGAGCAGCGCGUUGGCCCCAAGCACUUGAGCAUCGCAAUUCAGCGUGCGAAUGCUUCUGCCUCAACUGGAAAAUCGACGGGAACUUCGGCUUCGACUGAGCCGCUGACGACGUUGUCGUUUCUGAAGACAGUGAAGACGAUUGCAGGGGCUCCAGGCCAGGACCUUACGAAAUCGUUCCUCACCUCGUGGAUUAUUGAGCCUGGAAUGCCCUUCUUCACUGUGGGUUACUGGUACAACCGUAAACAGACGCAGGCCGAAGUGGUUCUGCAGCAGGAGAUCCCUCCUGGUGGAAAGCUGUACACGGGCCCGAUCACGAUUACGAUCGUAGAGGAUACGAGUGAGUACACCUACCAGAAACGAAUCGAGCACAAGCGCCACAAGUUUGACUUUCCGUGCCACUCGAAGGUCCGCAAGAAACGACGAAAACGCCAGGGACUUGCAGAUCCGGACGACUCCGUGUCGGUUGGUGGUCCUGGCAUGGGAUUGAAUGAUACUCCUGUCUUCUGGGUGAAGAUCGACACGGGUUGUGCGUGGUUACGGCAUGUGGUGAUGCAUCAACCGGACUUCAACUGGAUGGAGCAGCUCCUGUCCGACAAGAAGGUUGGGUCGCGAGUGCAUGCGGCUCGUGCAUUGGCGCUGUUCCACCGACCACAUGAAAAGCCGAACGUAAUGUCUUGCCGCGUGCUCACCGAGUGUAUGAGUGGUCUUACUACGCACUCACGGCGGUUGCGCGCUGAAGCUGCUCAGUCUCUCGGUAUCUGGCAAUCCAUUCACGCGCCGCUGACGAACGCGAACACACAACUCCCCAUUUGGAAGGCGAUGCACAACCUCGUGCGAAUCUUCAAAGAGCAUUUCUUCGACAGAGCCACUGACAUGCCACUGCCGAACUAUUUCUUACCUUCCGGUGGUAAGGUUAUCCUCGAGGCUCUGGGGGCUCAGCAGGCGUCGAUUUCCAGCAAGCAGAUUCAGUCACCUCCAGAGAUCGAGACGUUCUUGCUCCAGCUACUUACCGAAAACGACAACUCCAAGAACUACGUGGAGAUGGACGACCAAUCGCAAGUGGCUGACGACUGCUACUACAUCGGCAACCUCGUGCUGUCGCUAUCUGUAUUAACCGUCGACAGACCUGCGCGUUCUGAGGAAGGGGAUGUUGUGCGCGAAAUACUGCGCUACCUGCACUACGACCAAGUCCAGCCAAGUUACAACAAGACCAUCACGGUGUGCUGUCUUGAGGCUUUGUGUAAUCUGGUGCUGGCCGGGCGCUGCGAGGAGAAGCUGGUGAACUUCCACUCGUUUGCGUCGCCUAAGCACUCCAACCUCGUGCGCAAAGCUGCGAUCGAAAGCAUUCUGCGCUUAUAUUUCGCCGAAAACCCGAACGGUCAGACAACCUCUUCCCUUCUAGCGAAUAGCUACGGCGCCACGGCUGCGAUGCUAUGGCUUUGUGAGCUGUUGAAGGCCGAGCAGUCCCCGGGGAUCCGAUUGUUUGCUGUCCAAGUGUGUCUGAACUGCAUGCGUGGGUUCCCGCCUGGCGUAGGGAAGGAAGUGCUGGCCACGUGGGACCACAGCUACACGCUGGGUCUGAUGAAUUACAUCGAGAUGAAGGAGCCAACGUCGUUUGUUCUCAAGAGCCCCGAGAAGGUCAAGGUGCUAGGACUGUUUGACCGCCCCAACCUGAGCAAGCUUCGUGACGACAGCAGCUCGGCCAAGCGCAUCGUGGAGGAGUUGUGGAAUCUGAUGAACUCAACUGCCGCGAUGGACCAGAGGCUGCGCGUGGCGCUGAUUGUGCUGUAUCGGAAGGUGUGGGGUGAGACGACGCCAAUCGCUGUGGCUCACAUUGUCCAAGACAAGGCGGCGAACUGGGCCGGCGGCUACGAGAGCCUUCGCCUCAUGAUGGAGGAAAGCAAAAACCGGAUGCUGAUGAACGGCGGGGGUCGUGGCGGUGGCAACACUGCGGGACUCAACGGACCCGACGGCGGCAAUGGACUCGGCAGAAAGACUGACGACGACCGGAAGAGAGGCUUCGCUUCGGCCGCCAGCAGUCCGGCCGACGCCGCGCUCGAGCAGUUCCGCGGGAAGAAGUUUAAGUUCAAGAUGGGCGACACCACCUUCCGGUCGCACAAGUUGUAG